AUGGAUAAAGUUUUAAAGCCUGAGAAACUAGACACAGAUCCUGAUACACGUGACGCGGAAUGCGAAUGGCUGCAUUGGCAAAAGACAUUCGAAAAUUUCUUGGAAGCUUUACCCACUGAAGGACUGGAUAAAUUGAGAGUAUUAACAAACUAUGUGUCUCCGAGAACUUAUAGAUAUAUUAGAAAUAUCACAACUUAUAAUGAAGCCAUAGAUACGCUGAAAGGGAUUUUUGUACAGCCAAAGAAUGAAAUAUAUGCACGUCAUAUGUUGGCCACGCGAUCCCAACAAAUUUCUGAGUCAGUUGCUGAAUAUUUAAGAGCAUUGACAGAAUUGAGCAAAGAUUGUAACUUUCAGAACGUAUCUGCUAAAGAAUACCAGAAUGAAUAUAUUCGGGACUCUUUUAUACUUGGCUUGAAUUCCAGUUGGAUACGCCAACGACUGCUGGAGAAUAAGAAAUUGACACUGGACGAAAUGGUUGAUCAAGCCAAAUCAUUGGAAACUGCCGUUCGAAAUUCACAAUCUUAUGCUAUAAACGAAAACGCUUCCGUCGGAACAGCACCUUCAACGAUACAAUCUAACAAUUUCGAUGUUGGAUCGGUGCCAGAUAAUGCAGCGAUGACUAUUAGAACAAUGAUACCACAUUCAACAUUAGCUACUAUUCAUGAUAAAUCUUAUACUCAUGUUGGAUACGUUCCGUCUACAUUACGACAAGCCACAGCCUUGGUAGAAGUCGGUCAACGAAAAGUACGAGCUUUGUUCGACAGUGGUAGUACGGAAAAUUAUAUUCACCCAAGGCUGGUAAAAUCUCUUAGGCUCAACGUUCGUCCGACAAAGAAUGUCAUUUCCAUGGCAUCGUCUAAAUGUUCAGUAGAAGUUCUUGGAUGUACUGAAAUGGAUUUAUACUAUAAUAAUCAUAAAUAUUGCGGAGUUAAGUUUGGUGUAAUCGACAGCUUAUGCGCUGAUAUGAUCCUCGGACUCAAUUUCCAAACCCUGCAUAAAAGUGUAAGAUUUCACUACGGUGGUAAAAAACCUGAAUUAUCAAUUUGUGGUUUCUCGUCAUUGAAAAUAACCCCACCUGAACCAUUCAAACAUUUAACUGCGGACUGUCAUCCAAUCGCCACUAAAUCGAGAAGAUAUUCACACGAAGAUAGAUUAUUCAUUCGAGACGAAGUAGCAAGACUUCAGCGAGAAGGAAUUAUCGAAACAUGCCUUUCGCCAUGGAGAGCUCAAGUCGUUGUGGUUAAAGCAGAAAAUCGAAAGAAACGUUUGGCAAUUGAUUACUCGCAAACUAUUAACAAGUUCACUUUAUUGGACGCUUUCCCAUUGCCAAACAUUUCAGAGUUAGUGAAUGAAAUCGCACAAUAUCGAGUUUUUAGUACUGUUGAUCUCACUAGCGCUUAUCAUCAAGUUCCACUGAAACACCAAGACAGAGAGUUUACCGCGUUUGAAGCCGAGGGAAAUUUAUACCAAUUCACAAGGCUGCCUUUCGGAAUCACAAACGGGGUCUCUUGUUUUCAGCGGAUAAUGAAGCAGCUCGUGAAAGAAGAACAACUGCGAGGAGUUUUUCCAUAUUUGGAUAACAUAACUAUUUGUGGAAUGACUAAAGAGGAUCACGACAAAAACCUGGCUGCUUUCCUGGAAUCUGCAAAACAACGAGGAUUGAUUUUUAAUGAAUCAAAAAGUAUAUGGACUACUCGAACAUUGCCGAUUUUAGGAUAUCAAAUUGCUGAAGGUGAAAUUCGUCCAGAUCCCGAAAGAUUAAAACCUUUACGCCAACUUCCAAUACCAUCAAAUUCUAAAGAAUUGAGCAGAUGCAUGGGAUUCUUUUCAUACUAUUCUAGAUGGAUUCCAAACUUCUCAAAUAGAAUCAGAUCAUUAACAAAAUCGACCUCUUUUCCUCUUACUGACACUGCUAUUGGAGCUUUUUAUGAACUAAAACAGUUAAUAGAAAAUGCUGUUCUCAUUGCCGUUGAUGAAAAUAUUCCAUUUGAAUUGGAAACUGAUGCUUCAGAUAUUGCUAUAGCAGCGACACUAAAUCAAUCUGGUCGUCCAGUGGCAUUUUUUUCACGUACAUUACACGGCUCUGAACUUAAACACCCUUCGGUCGAAAAAGAAGCUAUGGCCAUAGUUGAAGCAGUACGACAUUGGCGUCACUUUUUAACAGGAAGACGUUUCAUCAUGAAAACAGAUCAGAAAAGUGUCUCUUACAUGUUUGAUUUGCGCCACAAAGGUAAAAUCAAAAAUGAAAAAAUAACAAGAUGGAGAAUUGAGCUAUCCGGUUACUCUUUCGAUAUCGCAUACAAACCAGGCAAAGACAAUGUUGCACCAGACACUCUAUCGAGGAUUUCAUGCGCUCUUCCUUCUACUAAUAUCCUCACUAAAUUACAUGAUGCAUUAUGCCAUCCAGGUAUAUCUAUUUUCGCUCAUUUUGUUAGGGUCCGUAAUUUACCUUAUUCGACUGAAGACGUUAAGCGAACUGUCUUGAAUUGCCGUGUAUGCAGAGAGAUAAAACCUAAAUACUAUCGGCCUGAAGCAGGAACUCUUGUAAAAGCGACUCAGCCCUUUGAACGUUUAAGUAUUGACUUCAAGGGACCUCUUCCGUCGAACAAUCGCAACAAAUAUUUUCUCUGCGUAAUUGACGAGUUUUCACGAUUUCCCUUCGCUAUUCCAACACCUGAUGUUUCGACCGCCAGUGUCAUAAAAAGUCUAACUCCAUUGUUCGCUGUAUUUGGAAUGCCUGCUUACAUACAUACUGAUCGUGGUUCGGCUUUCAUGAGUUGUGAGUUUAAAAGAUUUUUGCAAGAAAAGGGUGUGUCUCACAGUAGAACAACUCCUUACAAUCCUUCGGCGAAUGGUCAAGUAGAAAGAUCACUAUUGUGUACUGCAACAAAUGCAACACCACAUGAACGGUUGUUCAAUUUUGCAAGAAGAUCUACCACAGGAUAUGCCGUUCCAACGUGGCUGACAAAUUCUAAAAUUGUUCUUCUCAAGAGACAGAUUAGAAGAAACAAAUCUGAUCCAUACGUCGAUGAAGUGGAACUUCUAGAUGCGAACAGACAUUACGCUCAUAUUCGGUAUUCAGAUGGUAAAACCUCAACAGUAUCAACAAAGCAUCUUGCACCGUGUGGUGAUGGUACGUCGUUUGGAAGUGAAAAUAAUGGAAGUUCCUCCGAUAAUCAACAUUCUCAAUUACCUGUAAAGCAGGCUGAUACAGCAGAUUCCGACUAUGUACCAAAAAUAUCGCAUCCCGUUAUCAACCAAUCAGAAAUUCAAGAAGGGGAAGAAAAGUCAAAUAUUCCUGGUGAUGAUGAAAAACGCGAAACAUCCCCAAUGAAGAAGAUAGACACCCCGGCUCCUAGGCGUUCUACUAGAGAAAAACGUCCAAUUGAUCGUUUACAUUACUAUGAGUGA